UACUUCCUGUCUUGCGCAGAAGCGACGUGAGGUAACUAUGGCGGCGGCGGCGGAGAAGUCAACUAAAGAGCAGCUGCUCUCGGUUUUGGAUGAUUUGGAGGUUUUAUCCCGGGAGCUGAUAGAGAUGCUGGCUCUGUCCCGGAGCCAGAAGCUGCCCCAGCAGGGAGAAGACGCUCAGGUCCUGGAGCUGCUGGUGCAGAGGGACCGGGAGUUUCAGGAGCUGAUGGAGGUGGCUCAGCAGCAGGGGAAGGUGCACCAGGAGAUGCAGCUGCUGGAGAAGGAGGUGGAGAAGAGAGACAGUGACAUCCAGCAGCUCCAGAAACAGCUGAAGGAGGCCGAACACAUCCUGGCGACUGCUGUUUACCAGGCGAAGGAGAAACUCAAAUCCAUCGACAAAGCCAGGAAAGGAAGCAUCUCCUCAGAGGAAAUCAUCAAGUACGCUCACAGAAUCAGCGCCAGUAACGCCGUGUGCGCUCCUCUCAACUGGGUCCCAGGUGACCCACGCAGACCCUACCCUACAGACCUGGAGAUGCGCAGCGGCAUGCUGGGUCACAUGGCCAACCUGCCGACCAAUGGCGUGAACGGACAUCUGCCAGGCGACGCUCUGGCUGCUGGGAGGUUGCCGGACGUGCUGACGCCUCACUACCCCUGGCAGUCCUCGGACGUCUCGGUGGGGAUGCUGCCUCCUCACCACGGCAACGACUUCGGCCUGGAGCCCCCGGGUCACAACAAAGAGAACGAGGACGACGUGGAGGCCAUGUCGACCGACUCCUCCAGCAGCAGCAGCGACUCUGACUGAACGACUGUGUGUGUGUGUGUGUGUGUGUGUGUGGUCAUCGCUGAGCAACACUGAUCAGGUAUCAUCAGUCCAAACUCACACCUGUGGCGGGACUGUUGUUUUUUUCCUUUUACUCCAGAUCCCAGUCUACAUGGUUGUUUUAAAGGCAAGAUGUUGUGAGCGUGCAGCAGAAGUUCAGGAGUCCAUCUGUCGUGGUAUCUGUCUCUGUUAGUCAGUAAUGGAGGAGCUCACGGAAAGAGAUCGAUGUAAAGAUUAAUAGAGAGGCUCCAGUCUGUCCAGAAACCAUCAGUUGUUACGUCAGCUGAGGUCUUCAGUUCCCCCUCUUAUCCUUUAUUAGAACCUUUUUAUGGUUUUUCAGCUUCUAAAGGAGGGGCGUGGCAGAGAAAGUUGGAGAACCGCUGAUUUAACAGCUUGAAUUUGUCGCGGUUGGGGAAAAUUUAAGCUUAAAGAAACCGGAGCUUUUGUUGCGUUCCAGUUUUAACUUUUAAAUUUAAAUGACAAAUUUAAAACAAGUAAAAACGUAACAAAGACGAGACGCCACUGUCGACUGGAGCUUAAAGAAAUCUGUGUUGCUCUCUGAUGACACAUGUUGGAAAGUUUGUGUGUUAAUGAUUAUUGUCAGCUGGUGUGAGUGAUUAUACAACAAUAUGGACACAUGCUGUUUUACCUCUGUAGAUACCCUUGUACAUACUCAGCCUUGUAAAUAAAUACUGUUUGAAUAGAA